AUGGGCCUCAAGUGUCCUGGAGCACGCACAGAUGCCUUUUUCGUCCACGCAGUUGUGCCGGAUGCCUCGUUGCGUGAUUCUUCAUCAGCCGCUGUCACGGCCUUCCAGUCAAGAUCACCACAUAAGGUGAUGAUGCACCCACCGCAACUGACAGCAUUGCAACCAUCUCGUGCCGACGCCUUUGACCAGCUUUUCGUAUCGCAUUUCAUCGACGCCUUUUUCGGCGAGGCGAGGCCAUCUUUGCCCAUUCCGAAUGGACCAUCAAAGAUUUGGUUACACGAGCUUCCUGGUUUUCUCGCCUCUCCCUGCCCAUCUCCUGUCCAGUUCUCCAUUCGUGCAGCGUCAAUGCUCAGCUACGGCACCAUUACUGGAGAUGUAUCAAUCAAGACCGAGGCCUGUAGAUGGUACAUGAGGGCGCUGCAGAGCUUGCGACAUCUGCUGUCUCUUGACGAUCUAGCCUCAUCUCUGUAUUCUCCGGAAAGCACAGUCUGUGCAGCUGUCAUGCUCAUCCACUUUGAAACUUCAGCGGGCACCAGUCCAAAGGCAUGGCUGCCACAUGUCAAUGGUGCGGCUUCGUUGCUGGAAGCGCAAGGGCCGGAGCGGUGCCGUGAUGGAUUCAUGCAUCAGAUAUUCAGGCAUUUGCGGCUGCAGACGUUUGUCGCGGCAAUGGCUGAUAAUAGGCUUCACCCGUUUGCCUCACCGCAAUGGACGACGGUUCCUUUUGAGAGUCAUCCGAAGCUGAUAUUUGACAAUUUGGUCGAUGUUCUCUUUGCUGUGCUGAGGUGCUUAUCAACAGCAAAUCAUCUCAUUUCAUCCGAUGCCAACAAUACACGCGAAUUGCAAGUAGAGCUCGGCAAACUCAUCCAAAGCGCAAGGCUUCAAAUCCAUCAAUGGAGAUCAGAAGCCAUGCUAUACGUCUCUCUAAAAGAAGACCAGAGCCCCUCAAUUUCUGAACCUGAAGAAGAUGAUGCAACAUCAUUGAAUCCUCGCCACUUUAUGCUGCCAUACACCGAUAUUCCAUCAGCCGCAUUGGUCUCACUCUACGAUGCUGCCAACAUCAUUUUACUUCGCCUCCUACACCUAGUUUCUCCCACGGCAUCUCUAUACGACGCCCGUAUUCAACAACACACACAGUCAAUCCUAUCUGCACACGAGAUGAUUAUCGCAAAAUCCAGCUCUGAGCCAGGACGCGGUUCCAUCAUGAUGGUCCAACAACUAAAAAUUGCUGCCUUGUGGAGCUCGUCUUCGCAGCAGAGGGCGGUGGCUGUAAAGAUGCUGCAAGGGUUUCGAAAGGGAGGCUUUGCAGGCAUUUCGGCGCCAUCUCACGAGUAUUUUGCCGAUGUGGCGGCCUAUAUCCUUCGCGAAUACCCCGUUGAAGGGACUUGA